CUAAAAACAAAACGUGCACCCAGGUGGGGCCUCAGGACCGAGCAUCGGGAAACCCUGCAGUAAGCUACAGUGACACAAAUGUAAUCAUAGGCUUCAAAUCAAGCUUUGUAGUUUUGGGGCGAUAUUACAAACACUACUAAUCCCAAGAUUCUCAGUGGAGGGACGUGAUUUCCGGGUUCUGUGUUGCUAGGGGGAAGGUGGCGCAGAGGACCUGUUGGAAAUGACGGUAGAAGAAGUCGGAUUUCAAUAUAAAGUCCAAAACAGUAAACCUGGAAGAUAGCAAAGAAACUUCACCAGACCUGCGUGCUAAGGGGUGUGACUCACCAUGGAGUCCCUGAUGAGUGCGGUGGCCCCACGGACCCCGGCCCUGUUGAAGAAGGCCUCUGAGGUGGACUUCCGGUCGGGGGCCACACUGGACCAGCUGUCGGCCCAGGUGUCUGAGCUGGUCACCCUGGAGCAGGGGGACUUCGGGGACCAGCUCGCCCUCGAGGUCCACACGGCCAAAGACUUCAUCUUCAACAUGCUGGGCCUUGUACAGAAGGUGGACCAGCGUCUCCCGGUGGCCAAUGAGUACCUGCUCCUGUCUGGGGGUGCCAGGGAUGGGGUUCUGGACCUCAACCCAGAGGAGCUGGGGGACUACGCCAAGGGGGCCGAUUUCGACCUGGACUUCACCCUCCUGGUGCCCGCCCUCAAGCUCCAUGAUCGCAACCAGCCGGUCACCCUGGACAUGCGCCAGUCGGCCCCCUGCCACUCCUGGCUCUCCCUGCGGCUCUGCGACCCCAACACCCAGGCAAGAUGGAGGAUCUGCUGCCAGGAGGAGACAGACUCACCCCCCGACGAUGAUGAUGAGGAAGAGAAAAGGGAGAUGGGUCACAAAGCCUCUGGUGCUGUCCCCCCCUCCCUCUACUCGCCCCACCAGUCUCUGGAUGGCUGCUACAUGUCCCCGGCGCUGGUGGCUGACUGGUUCUGGGGUGUGGUGGGUGAGGCGGUGGAUGAGCUGAGGCGUUCCCCCAAGAGAGGCAUCCCUGUCCCAGAGAGGCUGGAACGCAACGGGCCCCUGACCACCCUCAUCCUCCAGGCGGGCUCCAGCCGGGUGCUCUAUGACCUGCUGCCAGUGGUGUCCUUCCGGGGCUGGCCUGCCGUGGCCCAGGGCUGGCUGACGGCCAAUCACUUCUGGGACGGGAAGAUCACAGAGGAGGAGGCCAUCUCUGGGUUCUACCUGCUGCCCUGCCCGGCUCCGCUGGGGGGGAGGCCCGACCGGGAGUGGAGGCUGGCCUUCUCACGCAGCGAGGUGCAGCUGAAGAAGUGCAUCCCGUACCCCAUGGCCCAGGCCUUCCAGGCUGCCAAGGCUGUCCUCUCCCGCCUCCUGGCUCGCCCCCGCACUGGCCUCAGCCCCUACCACCUUCGCACCCUCCUCUUCUGGGCCUGUGACCGCCUACCGCCCGCCUACCUUUCCUCGCCUGACCCAGAAACCCCCGCCCGCCUCCUCCUGGGCCUCCUGGAUGAUCUGGCCCACUGCAUCCUGGGUAAGAACUGUCCAAACUACUUUCUGCCCCAGUGCAACAUGCUGGAGCACCUGUCGGACAGCCAAUCCCUGCUGGUGGCCCGGAAGCUGGCCCAUGUCCGGUCUGACCCGACCGAGCACCUACGGGCGGCCCUGGACCAGGCCAGACAGGCGAGCCAGCUGAAGAGGGAAGCAGCGAGCGCUACCAACGGGCACGGAGGGUCGCCCAGGCAAGGUUACCCGGCCAGCGGCAUCAUCUCGCCCUCUGACGACAAACUGGCUGCCAGGCUGCAGCAGCUGGUGACCGAGAACCCCGGGAAGUCGAUUUCGGUUUUUCUCAACCCUGAUGAUGUCACAAGGCCGCACUUCCGCAUCGAUGACAAGUUCUACUGAGCUGAGAGUAAUGGUGUGCUAUCGACAAACACUCUCUUCAAAACACAUGUAAAACAGCGAGUCAACUAGGAUGGCUCGAGAGUCAAAACACUACAGAGCCUCACUGCUCUCCUAUCCCACCCCCUCCUGGAGGCUAACGACAAUGAUGCUAACAACGCUGCUGAACUAUGACACUACCAAAAACACCUUUGCACACUCCCAGGAGCAGGAGGCUGACCCUAGAGAGCCUUAGGCUAGAGAAACCAACACUCUUCUAUCCAUUUAGCAGCGAGUGAUGUCAUAGAGAGACCUCACCACAGGAAAAAUGCUCGUUGACUUACCACGGAGACUGCUGCUCUUUUAUGAGCUUGCCGUAAGGAGAUGGGUUUUUUUUUUUUAGAAUAAAGAACCGCUUUAGAAUGAAGAAAGUCUGCUGCUGCUUCCAUUCAAUGGCAUGGCUUACCCAAAGGAUUUCUCCUCUCUCCACACUAAUGAGAAACUGUAUUCCCCCCCCUGCCCAAUCAAAGUGGGUGAUAGUACCAGGAUUCUCCAUUUUUUUUUUUUAUAUUCAACUAUGAUGUAUCUGAAUGUAAUUUGGUGAGGGGCAAUGUCUUUGAACUAAUAGUAUUUUCUUUCUAUACGUUUUAUCCCUUUUCCCUCUCUCGUUCUCAUACUUCCUUUCUCUCUCUUUCCCCCUCUCUCUCAGGUAUUUUUAACGUUGUUCAUUGUUUUUUUUUAUGUGACUCCAGGGUUAUGGUUCCCCUCCAUCGAUCUUGAAUGGUAUAACCCAGGGUUGUCCUUCCGUUUCAACACUUACUAUGUGACUCCAGACUCCCUCUGGGAGGGUUAUGGUUCCCCUCCAUCGAUCUUGAAUGGUAUAACCCAGGGUUGUCCUUCCGUUUCAACACGUAAGAUGUGACGUAACGCACCAAAGAGCCACUGGAUGGGUGUUUCGGGGAGCCUUUGCUUCUUCAAUCUACCACCCCAUAAGAAAGGUAUCUGUACUCACUGACCCAGAGUCAGUCUGUACUCUUAAAGGAAAGAUUCACCCAUUUUUGAAUGCUAUAUUAUUUGUGUUCAUCUCAGUGAUGUUAUCUCUCUUCCCGGGGUAAUUUCAUGUUGAUCUGAGCUAUUGCAGUUCAAGCAGACCGAAAUAAAGCCGCUCUCACUACACUGGAAGUUCAUUUGAAUACGACUUUUUGAUCGCGAAAACGUCUAUCAUGCAUGUCACAUUUCAAUACUGGCCUGAUGUCAUGUCGCGGGAGGUUAUUUUCUCUCAAAUUAGCCAAUGAUCAUAUUUUUGCAAUAUUCCUACCUCUGAAUUUCUUAUAAGAGGGUCCACCACAUUUCUCCUAUUUGUCUGCUUCUUCAGUCCAGAGUGCAUUGUAUGGUGCCGUUGCGAAUGUCCGACUCUCUGUGAGGUACAUCGAUCUGCAGGUUGAACAUGGUGAGAUUGUAUACUCCUAAAUUCAUAGUGCAGUUUAGGUGAUUUUUACAGCCAACUCGCUACUUCACAUGCUGAUAUUGUCUUUGGUGUUGUUGUGUCUAGCUACCGACCAAGCCAGCCAGCCAGCCAAGGCCAUAGAGGGAGCAUUGCAUUGUGGGUUUGGUUGUCGAUCUGAGCUGCAACAGAUUUCCACAUGUUGCUACCAAUCUUAUUAUAACAACAAAAUGAAACAUUUGUUCACCAGAUAUUGAUCUCACACAGUGUUAUUUAACACUGUAAAUUAUACCAAUUACUGGUUUUGGGUGGAUUUAGUCUUUAACGCUCAUAUUCCCCACCUUUACCUUCCAGACCAACAUGCUCCUCAGCGGUCACCUCAUCAAUUUGCCUCGAUUCAGAGGGGUUGGGUUUAUCCCAUGAAAGCUUGAAGCAGCAGUUUAUCAUCAAAUAAGGGUAAUAUCACAGGGGCUAUAAACCUUUUAAUUCAGUUAUUUUCUUACAGUCCCUUUUGAAAAUGUGUACCAUGGUACAGUUUACAUUGGGGCUUUAAUGGUGGGAUGUGGUCAUUAAAUGUUGUAUGAUAUUAACAAACUACCUAUAACGGAGGCAGGUUGUUCCGGAAAGGAGGAGAGGUAGUGUUAGCUGCUGAAACGGUUGGCACACUGCUCGAUUGUAUUCUCAUCUUCAUGUUACGAAAUGAAAGCACUGCCAUGGCUUGGCGAGGCUACAUCAUGUCAUCUGAAAAUGAGGGCUAUUUUCUUUGUUCCACUUGUGUGUAUGAAGAUGGGGAGGUUUUCAUGGUUUGUGGUUGAAACUCAGAGGAAAAGCUUUUUGUCUUGUCUCAGAUUUUAAUUGGAGGAAACUUGACUGGUUUUGUAAUGGUCCCUCUCUCGCUCUUCUGCUUGGUUUGCCUGUUUUAAUAAGCUGUGUGUGAUCGGACCACUGAUCAAGCUCUUUAAAUGUGCUGAUGGAGAGAGAGUUAGAGAUCCAGAGAGAUGGAACAGGAACAAAUGCACAGCAGGACACAAACACCCAAUGUGCUAGCCUCUCUCUCUCUCUCUCUCUCUCUCUGUGUGAGAGACUUGGGGGGCCUUAUCUUGUCCACCCAGAUGUGUUGGAUGGGGAGACGGGCUAGCCUCUGGCCCUUAGUACAGAUUAGUGGUAAAGGAUGGGGCUGCUGGGAACUGGGACAGCUGCUUGUCUGUCUCGUUAUAUAUCUGUCUCGCUUUCUCAUUAUAUAGCUGCGUCUCUCUCCCCUCGUUUUCCUUCUAUAACUUCCCAUCCAAUGAGUGGAAGUCAAAUCUCCUGAAUACAAAACAGUAUCAACACCUUUCUAUCAUCAGAUUGGCUCUAAUCGGCAUUAGCUUAGACUAAGGGUGUGUCCAAAAUGGCACCCAAUUCCCUAUAUAGUGCACUUCUGCCCCAUGGUCCCCGGUCAAAAGUAGUGCACUGAAUAGGGUGCCAUUUAAGACGCAAGCUUAUCAGAGGUGCUUGUUGAAUAUCAUUAGUGGAUUGUCAUGGUGGACAUCACUCGAGCAUCAUCGGAACACUAAAUCAAAUAACAUGCGCCGAGUUCAACAGGUGUAACCUUAAAACAAAGCAGUUUUAAGAAAAAUAAGUCUUAGGUAAAAAAUAGAUAAGUCAGAAAUAAUGAACAAAUUAACAAAUAAUUAAAGAGCAGCCGUAAAAUAACAGUAGCGAGGCUAUAUACAGGGGGUACCGGUACAGACUAUGUGCGGGGGCACCGAUUAGUCGAGGUAAUAUGUAUGUAGGUAGAGUUAGUGACUAUACAUGGAUAAUAACCAGAGAGUAGCAGCAGUGUAAAACAGGGUGGAUGGACAAUGCAAAUAGUCUGGGUAGCCAUUAGAUUAGCUGUUCAGGGAGUAGAAGCUGGUAAGUCUUUUGGACCAUUGACUUGGCUCCCCGGUACCGCUUGCCGUGUGGUAGCAGAGCGAACAGUCGAUGACUAGGGUGGCUGGAGUCUUUGAACAUUUUUAGGGCCAUUGACACACCGCCUGGUAUAGAGGUCCUGGAUGGCAGGAAGCUUGGCCCCAGUAAUGUACUGGGCCGUACACACAACCCUUCUAGUGCCUUGCGAUUGGAGGGCGAGCCGUUGCCAUACCGGGCAGUGAUGCAAACAGUCAGGAUGUUCUCGGUCUUGCAGCUGUAUAACUUUUUGAGGACCCAUGCCAAAUCUUUUCAGUCUCAUGAGGGGGAAUCGGCUUCAUUGUGCCCUUCUUCAAAUCAAAUUUAUUGAUAUAGCCCUUCUUACAUCAUCUGAUAUCUCAAAGUGCUGUACAGAAACCCAGCCUAAAACUCCAAACAUUAAGCAAUGCAGGUGUAGAAGCACGGCUGUCUUGGUGUGUUUGGACCGUGAUAGUUUGUUGGUGUACACCAAGGAACUUGAAGCUCUCAACCUGAUCCACUACAUCCCUGUCGAUGAGAAUGGGGGUGUGCUCUGUCCUCCUUUUCCUGUAGUGCACAAUCAUCUCCUUUUGUCUUGAUCACAUUGAGGGAGAGGUUGUUGUCCUGGCACCACAUGGCCAGGUCUCUGACCUCCUCCCUAUAGGCUGUCUCGUCGUUGUCGGUGAUCAGGCCUACCACUGUUGUCGUCGGCAAACUUGAUGGUUUUGGCUUUGUGCCUGGCCAUGCAGUCAUGGGUGAGCAGGGAGUACAGGAGGGGUCUGAGCACGCACCCCUGAGUGGCCCCCGUGUGGAGGAUCAGCAUGGCAGAUGUGGUGUUGCCUACCCUUACCACCUGGGGGAGGCCCGUCAGGAAGUCCAGGAUUCAGUUGCAGAGGGAGGUGUUUAGUCCCAGAGUCCUUAGCUUAGUGAUGAGCUUUGAGGGUACUAUGGUGUUGAACGCUGAGCUAUAGUCAAUGAAUAGCAUUCUCAUGUAGGUGUUCCUUUUGUCCAGGUGGGAAAGGGCAUUGUGGAGUCCAGGUGGGAAAGGGCAUUGUGGAGUGCAACAGAGAUUGCGUCAUCUGUGGAUCUGUUGGGGCGGUAUCUGGGAGGAUGCUGUUGCUGUGAGGCAUGACCAGCCUUUCAAAGCACUUGAUGGCUACAGAUGUGAGUGCUAUGGGUUGGUAGUCAUUUAGGCAGGUUACCUUCGUGUUCUUGGGCACAGGGACUAGGGUGGUCUGCUUAAAACAUGUUGGUAUUACCGACUCCGUGAGGGACAGGUUGGAAAUGUUAGUGAAUACACUUGGCAGUUGGUGAGCGCAUAUUCGGAGUGCACGUCCUGGUAAUCCGUCUGGCCCUACGGCCUUGUGAAUGCUACAGGUCUUUGAAAACUUUUCUUUGUGAUUUGAUAUUCUAUAUUCUCUGGAAUGUGAUAGAAUCACUACUUUAUUGGUACUGCAUAUAUUGGGUACAGUACUACUAUAUCAGUAUUGAUACUGUUUUUGAAUAGCUUCUGUUAGUGGAGUGAAUUAGGAACUACUGGUGAAUUGUGUGGGUACUUCUGUUCUUUAUAGCCUUGGUACAGGUGAGUGUAUGAAUCAAAAGGACACCUUGACAAACCAAAGAAUGUAGUGUUGCUGACAAUACAGAAGGAUGAACACCCCGAGGAUAGAGUUGAGUGCGGGUAUGUAAACUGCAAAGUAAUCAAAUUAAGUGUAUUGGUCGUGUACACAGAUUUGCAGGUGUAGCGAAAUGCUUGUUUCUAGCUCCGACAGUGCAGUAAUACCUAGCAAUAUAACAAAAUAAGCACAAUCCAAAAAAUGUAUUAAAAAAAUAAACUAAGAGAUAUCAAUAUGAGAAGUAUAAUAUAGAAGUAUUUGUGUGUGGGUGGGUGGUCCUAGCACUUUUAAGGUGGUGGUUUUCGACACACCACAGCCUGACGUUGUAAUAAUGUUCAUGAACGUUGCCUUGAGCAUUUAUGAAAGUUGUCAGGAUGGUUGAGACUUCCUUUUGUCAUGUUUUUCCUUCCUGAAUGCUUCCCUAAGUUAACGCGCCACAGUUCAACGUUGUAGUGAAGUUGUUAGAACAUUGACAGACUACCUGAAUGCUUCCCUGAAGUUUUAAAUUCAGUGCCAGCGUUUGAAAUAUGCAAUGUCAGGUGUAUCUCACUGUGUACUGCCUAGUUAGUAGGCAUAUACAUUAGUAUGAUGCUUUAGCCUAUCUGUGAUAAAUGGAAACGUACACAAUUUGAUACUGGUGCCGAAUGUCAAGAUCAAAAGUUAACAGCAGCAGUGCUAUGCAAUCGUGUACCCAAUCUAACUUCUAAUGGAUCUGCUGCAGAAAGAGCUGUUGUCAGCAAUAUGAGGUAAUUGUACUGCUAAAACUAAAUGUUAUGUUAUUUUGUGCUUAAACUACUGAUAAUUGUUUUUGAUUGAAAAUGAACAAAUAAUGAAUGUAACUAAUUUUACCUCCUUGACUCACUCAAUCAAUUAAAAUAUAGUUGGGGGAAAAAAAGUUUUCCAUGCAAAUCCUGACUGAAUUACCAUAUAAAAGAGCUGCAAUAUCGUCAAUGACUCCACCCCAUAUCUGGAAAUAUUUGCCAUUUAAAACUUGACUACUUUCUACUUCCUCUUCCUUCAUAAAGUGCAAAUGAACUUUAUCAUGAAUGUUUUGCUGUAUUUAUUUUCUCUGGGUUGUGUUGAAUGAUGAUCAGUGAUGGUACUGCUGUAGCAUGAAAUAAAUCUACAUCUUGAUCACUAUG